AUGGAAGACCCAGUCAAAGAAAUACCCGCCAUCAUCCACCUCCUCACGCAAUCGCCCCCGUCCCUCCAGCGCGCAACCAUCGACAAAUACUUCACACCCGACGCCGCGUUCUCGCAUCCUUUUUGCCGCACAUGGAGCCGACCGAAUUCUAGGUGGUUGGUCGAGCGGACGUAUCGCUGGUAUAAGAUUAUGAGUCCGAGGAUUGAUUGUACGGUGCAGAGCGUCGCAUUCGACGAAACCAACCUCAUCCUCUACGCAACCAUCUUCCAGAUCUUCCGCAUCUGGUUCAUACCCUUCUACUACGCGCCCGUCCGCCUCACCACCGUUCUCCACCUGCGCGAAUCCCCUUCCACCACCACCACCACCACCUCCUCCUCCUCCCCACCCGCAAAACCAAAAUACCACAUCUCCAAACAAGAAGACCUCUACCAAGUCGACCAAUGGAUACGUUUCGUCGCGCCAGGCGCCUGGAUGCUAAUCUGGCUCUGGCAGGCUUGGGCCACGGUGUUCUGUGUCGCAGGCACUAUGCUGCUUUGGCCGAUCACUUGGAUGGAGGAGAAUUGGGGGUGGGGUGAGGGCGUGGGGAUGCAGAGUGGGACGGGGCUUGUUAAGGGGUUUAGGAUUGUGGGGAAGGGUGGGAAGGAGGGGGAGGUUAGGGCGGAUGGGCUGGACGAGAAGGAGGUUUUGGCGAAGACGGAGUUGAGGGGGAGGAUUGUGGGGUGA